GCCCUGUCUUGGCCCUAAAUCCGGGACAACUCUAACGCAGAGCUCCGCCCUGCCCUUCAGGGUAUGGCAGGAGGGGUCUGAAGCGGUUCCGAACUGCAGAGCAGCUCCUCGGAUCCUCAGAGCAGAACAGGAGAAUUAAAAUUCUCACGACUUGCAGAGCUCGCUCUGCCGGACGUUGUAUUAAUGUGCAGGGACUCCGCCGACAGUGUUUACGGUUUCCCGAGGUCCAGCACGCUGGUUCAGAUUGUUAAUAUCCCCAACCAUAGUUCAAAAUAAAUACACCCGAGAAGUAUCCUGGGUGUGUUUUGUUGUGAAGCGACGUGCGAGACCACGAAGGGUUAAUAUCGCCAGAGAAGUCGCCCGGCCGCGUCACCCCGGCCCCUCCCUCCAUCGACUGCAGCGAAACUGAAAGCGGCUGUUCAGCCGGGGCAGAUUCAGGAAGAUAGGGCUCGGGCGAACGGGACCUUCCCGUGGAUCGGAACCGGCCGGGGACGCGGCUGCUCCGCUGACACUGUAGCGGGCGGGUUCUGGUUCGGCUCCAGCGUCUGGACUCUGAGCAGGGGCUGGCACUGUGCUCGGUUCACACUGCAUAGCCUACGACACAGCUUGAUCGCACUGAUUUCUGACUUUUUCUUCAAGGGUCUUUUUUAAACGUUCACGAGCGGUAAAGUUACAGCGUGUGGAGACCAUGGUCCAGCCCAAAGGCCUCAUGGGUAACGAGCUGAAGUCAGACAUGAUUGGUGGAGACGGGUCGAUGGGGCUGCGGGGUCAGGGGUCGACACAGAUCCCCCCAGAGCUGGCGGGCAACGAGAUCGUCCAGAGGCUGCUGGCAGAGAACCAGGACCUGCGAGAUGCUAUCAGGCAGAGUAACCAGGCGCUGAGGGAUCGCUACGAGGAGAUGCUGAGUUUCCGGCUGAAAAACCGCCAGGAGCGCCAGUUUCUGAUGGAGAAGUUCAGAGAAGCCCGGGAGCUGGUGGAGCGGCUCAGCAGGGAGAACCAUCUCCUGCAGGGGCAGCUGAACCGCCAUCUGCUUCAGAACCAGAACCACACUCUGAGCCAGAACCCCAGCCCAUCUCCCCAGAGCAGCCGCCAGGUACCCAGUCCUGAGGAGAGCCUGGACAGUAGCUCAGAGGAGGGGGUGCUGGAGGCAGGAGUGAAGGCAGCGAGGGAGAGGCAGCCAGAAAGCCCUCCUCAGAGCAUGGCUCUUUCCAGUGCGUCCAGCUCAGUGUGCUCCCAGGGCACUGUCACUCAGAGCCUGUUCGACAGCCUCUCCUCCGAGCCCGAGCAGCCCGACUGUGGGGAGGCCGAGAGAGUGCGCAGCCAGCCCAGUGAAGGAGCAAACGCAUUCCUGAAGCUGCUGAAGGCUCACAAGGAGGAGCUGGAGGAGUCGCUGAGGGAGCUGAGGAGACGCAAUCAGCUGUUGGAAAAGGAGAAGGAGGAGCUGUUAAGUGCCAAUGUCCAGCUGCAGAGUGAACUGACCCAGAUUAAGGACAGCAGGGAGCCUGAAGGGGGCAGUGAGGAACCCCAGGGCACAGUGACCCAGGAGAGACUGCAGAGGGCCAACAGUGCUGAUGAGACGGGCUCGGAGCUGCGCAGGAAGGUGGCCCAGCUGUCGGAGCAGAUCAGCAUCACAGACGCCAGGAAAGAGCAGUUGGAGACUGAGUUGCAUGCUAAGAUUGAGGCCUUGAAGAUGGCAGAAGCCCGGCUGGAGCAUUCGGAAACCUUGAGGAAACAGCGGGAUAGGGAUCUACAGCUCGAGAGGGAGCAGAGCCUGCAGCUCUCGAAGGACAGCGAGUCUGUGAAGGCCCAGGUCACGUCUCUGCUGGCAGAGCUACAGGAGAGCCAGAGCUGCCUGGAGAAGAGUGAGCAGGAGAAGGACAUGAUGGAAGACAAGCUGCGCAGGACGAGCGAAGCGCUGCAGUCUUUGGAGAGGGAGACGGAGCAGAUGAAGAAGCAGCACAGUGUGGCCACUGAUCAGCUGAGGCUGCAGACACAGAGCCUGGAGUCAGCGCUGAAGACAGAGAGACACAUCGUCACCGAGGAGAAGCGGAAGCUGGCUCAGCUGCAGCAUGCCUACACCCAGCUCUUCCAGGACUAUGACAUGAGACUGAAGAACGAGACAGCUGCCAAGCAGCGGGGUGCUGAGCUGGAAGACCUUGCAGCUCAACUUCAGGAGGCAGAGAGAGCUCUGGCUAUGAAGCAGGACCUCAUCGACAAGCUGAAGGAGCAGGUGGAGCAGCAGAGGGGAGCUCUGGAGACCGUGCCUGUUCUUACUGCACAGGCGGAGAUCUACAAGGCAGAUUUCCUGGCAGAGCGCGAGGCUCGGGAGAAGCUCCAUGAGCAAAAGGAAGCUUUGCAAGAGCAACUUGCCCAGCUGCAGGUGGACAGAGAGCGGUUGCUGGCGGAGGGGACGGCCAGGGCCCGAAUGGAGGAGAUGCAGCAGAGACAUCUGGAUUACCACCACCAGCUCCCCCAGCAGCGGCCACUGCUGCCCCCUCAGCCUGGUUUCCCCGGAGCCACAGUGCCGUUCAGUCCCGCGCAGGACCUCUCCCUGCGGAGGCGCAGCAUGACAGACGAGCUCCCCGACUUCUGCUGCCCCAAAUGUCAGUACCAGGCACCCGACAUGGACACCCUGCAGAUCCACGUCAUGGACUGCAUACAGUGAGAGAUGGGGAGGAGGCCAAAGGAUUUCCUGAGGAAUAUUUUUACAAAUUUUGCGAGAAGAUCACGGAGUAUAUUUGAGUGUAAAUACUUAUAUAAACUAGCAGUUAAAUUCAUACACCCAUUAACUUUAAUCCUCUGUGUGAAUUCAGUUGUAAGAGUUUUUCCAUAGUGGAGUUGUGUACUAAAAACGAGGUCUGUACGUGUUGGCAAGACAGGAUUCUGUUCGAGUCAUUCGUCAGGUGUGACAGAGGUUAGAAUUGAGAGGGUGUGAGAAAGCCUCAAGUCAUGGACCAUUUAAGAACUCUUUGUGCAUAACAUGUCCAUGUGUUGAAAUAUGCAAUAUUGUGAAGACUGAAUUUGUAUUUCUCUUACUAUUCUUCAUAGAGAACGUUUCUUCCACUGUGUUGCCAUGAUUGUGUCCUUUUAGUUCUAAGUGUCACUUGUUCACUCAUUCUUCUGUUGAUUUUGAAUCAUGGGUGUUCCUUCUAUUUUUAUUGUUUGAAUUAUUGAAACAGAGAUUUGCUACAAUACAGUAUAUUUGUCUUGGC